AGUUUGAGUGUCCUUUAUUAGUUAAUUUUUGUUUAUUUAGUUCAAUGCUUCAUUGUUUUGAUUGGUUAAAUUAGGGAAGAAUCGAGAAAUUAUGGUUGUCCUUGAAUUAAUUUAUUUCCUUGAAAACCUUAGUCGGGUAUAUCAAGUAAUUGCGGACCUGUCUUACUUUGGUUUGAAUUAUAAAAAUUUAUCCACAUUCUAUUUUUUGUUCUAUGUUGUUUAAUGGAAUCUUAAUGUUGUAUGUGAAUUGUAUGUGGUGAGAAUUUUGAGUUAAGUGUAUGUAAAAUCUCUGUACAUUUUGGUAAUUUGGUCAUUUUGGGUCAGAAUUUUGAUGUUUUUCGAUUACCCUUGUGAUUUUUGUUGUUUUUCCACAUUGCAGACCAUAGUUGUAGUGUUUAGUUCUGUCAUUGAACUAUGGAUGACGAUGAUGUUAUCAUGAAUGAGCUCAGUCUCUGUGAUAAAAGUUUGGAUGAGAUUGUUGUUAAUGAAACUCCUCCUCAGUCCCUUGUUCAUGAAAUGUUGUCCUUAAAUUGCAUAGCACCUUAUGUUCAACUACCUAAUUCUACCAAGGAUCCCCUUACCAUGACAUCACCUAUCAAGACUUUGGAGACGGUGGAGACCAUUGUUUCUACAAACAAGGUCUCUGUGUAUUCCACUGUUGAACCACCUAGAGAAGGGAUGGUGUUCAAGCGUUGGGAGGAUGUUGAAAUGUACUACAAACAGUAUGCCGAACAACAUGGGUUUGGAGUCUGUAGACAAGCAGGUUCAUUUAGACAAGCAGGUUCAUUUUCAAGGCAAAAGGAAAGGAGGUCUGUAACGUGGCGAUGUGAGUGCUGGGGGUACCCUGAUAUGAGGGCAAGGUGGGAAGCGAAGAAAAGGGCUAAAGCAAUGGAUAUAUCUGGUACGGUGGCCACAAAGAAUGGUGAAAUUGGUGAGAAUGAGUUAAGUCGCUGCAAAAGGACAUCAAAGAAGUGUGAAUGUUUGGCUAAAGUUUAUGCAAGUGUGAAUUCUGAUGGUGAUUGGGUUUUGAGGACUGUGGAACUAAAGCAUGUACAUGACUUAGACCCUAGUGGCUCAAAAUUGGUGAAAGAAUAUCGCAUGAAAAAUUACACAUCAACUGUAAAGAAGAAGCUAAUGGAUUACUAUGAUGAAGGUGUGCCUGUGACUCAAAUCCAUGGUUGCAUGGCUGCCGAGAGAGGUGGUGAUGAUGAUCUCCCUACUGUGAAAGACCUUCAACACGAGGUUUAUAAGAAGAGGAGAUUAAAGAUGGAAGACGGUGAUGCGGUAGCCAUGAUGUCUUACUUUGAUCGAAUGCAAGCUGAUAAUCAGAUGUUCUUCCAUGCACAUCGGCUGGACGAAGAAGGCCGUCUUAAGGAUGUUGUAUGGGUAGAUGCUCGUAGCCGGGUGGCUUAUCAGGAGUUUGGUGAUGUUGUGUGCUUCGAUGCAACAUAUUUAACUGAUGAAUAUGAGCUGCCCUUUGCAAAUUUUGUAGGGGUAAAUCACCAUGGACAAUCAAUACUCUUGGGGUGUGCCCUUGUAUCCCAUGAAACCACAGAAACCUACUUUCGGGUAUUCGAACAAUGGCUGUCUUGUAUGGGGAACACACCUCCCGGUGCCAUCCUGACCGACCAAGCCGCUGCAUUGAGGAAGCCUAUUGCUCAACUGAUGCCUACAGCGCGACACCGGUGGUGCAUCUGGCAUAUUAUGAGGAAAAUUCCGGAUAAGUUGGGCAAAUGCAAACAUUAUGCUGAAUUCAAGAGCCCUUUGAAGACCUUGGUGUAUGAGAGCUUCACUGUUGAGGAGUUUGAGAGCCGAUGGAAAGCGUUGCUGAAAAAGUAUGAGUUAGAGGAAAAUGAUUGGUUAUGUGAUCUCUUUGAUGAAAGACACAUGUGGGUCCCAGCCUUUAUGAAGGAGUACUUUUGGGCGGGAAUGAAGACCACACAACGUGUUGAAAGUAUCAAUAGUUUCUUUGAUGGCUUUGUAGAUAGACAGACAAAGUUGCACGAAUUCCCGGAGAAAUACACUAGGGCAAUGAAGAAGCGUGUGAAAACUGAAGUGGCUGCUGAUGCUAGGUGCAGUAAAUAUGUCCGGAGGCUAGUUAGUGGGUUUAGAGUGGAGAAGUUUUUUCAGAAGAUCUACACCGACACUAAAUUUCAGGAAGUACAGAAAGAGUGUGCUAGAAUGGGGUACUGCUAUCCCAAGGUAAGGCGUGAGCUUGGAAAUGACAUGACUGAGUAUGUACUUGAAGACCGGGUCUGGAUUAUACCGGAAGGCAAGAGUGAGGACAUUAUAACCGACAGGAGAAUGUGGGUUCGUGUAGUUUUCGAUCACUCCACGAAAGAAUUUUGUUGUGAUUGCCGGAAAUUUGAAACUUUUGGGAUCUUGUGCAAACAUGCCAUACGAGUAUUUGAGGACAAUUUGGUUUUGGACAUUCCAAAAAAAUACAUUCUGGAUAGGUGAAGGAAGGACGUACCACGAAAACAUACUCGAGUCAAAGUGGCUUACCAUGAUCCCGGUGAAACACCUCAAGUUCGGUAUUAUCGUCGUAUGAUGACCGAAUUUGAGGGAAUAUGUGAUGAGGCAUCGGCUGUGGAUGAUAUUGAAACAGUGGACCUAGUAAUUUCCAGUCUACAGCAGCUCCGGUUCAACGUCAAAGAGAGCCGCCAAAAAUUUGUUACGAAACAAGCGGCACUACCAACAUUGCCUGCAACACACGUCCCUCCCUCUGAGAUUGGUUCCAACAGUUUGCCUAAUCAGGUUCAAACACCUUGCUCAGUUGCAAAGGAUUCUUCGAAAGCUACAGCUGUGAAGGAUCCUCUACAGCGCAGGAAGCCUCGUGGCAGGCCCAAAACCACUAGGUACAAGAGCGCAGCGGAGAAGGGGUACAAGACCCAGAAAUCAGCUACCAAUUCAAACAAAACGCAACAGGGUAAAAGAAAGAGGACAACUAGACCUCUCAGUGCGGUGUAUGAGGACUGCAUCGACCCUGAUAUGCUGACUGAUUCCGGGGAGGAAUCGGAUCAUUCUUUUGAAUUUUAACAGGUGGUACAGCAUUGUGGUAGUGGCAGCACCUGAACUAUGAUAAGCUUGCGAGGCUUGUGGUCUACCCUUCACACGCUUUUCAUUGAAUGAGCAUUUCUGUAUUCGAGGAUAUACUGGUGUUGUGCCAUACUUUGCUGACUGAAUGGCAAUGCGUUUAAAAAUCCUAGGAAAACACUGUCAACAACACUGUUUGGAAUUUGCUUUCGGUGAUUAAAUAUGUACUAAACUUCCUUCUAAAAGUAUAUGUGGCAAUGGUGGUUUUUCAUAGUCCUUUCUUUGAAUCUGGAUGCAAUGAGAAACAUCAUGAUUUAACUACAGAAAA